CACGUGGACAUGAUAACCAGCGGUGGUCGCUGACGACGAGACCUUUUUUUAUUAUCUCUCUUUAUUUCAUUUUUAGACAAUGUGAUAUCUUUUUUUUUCACACAGCGAAAUUUAAAGCGAUCGAGCCAGAGGAGCGAACAACGGCUCGGUGUAUUGGUCCAGAGCUGCGCCGCGUCGGCCUCUGACGCAGCCGCAGCACCUAUCCGCGAGGGAGACACUGGCACCUGACGACGCGCCGGUCUCCCCCAUCACGACCACCACUUUGGCUCUGCAGUGCUGCAGUUCAUGGAAGCUGAGCCUGUGCAUCCAGUCGUGGUCAUGCUGCCCCCGAAGACUUGCCUGCCGAGGAACUACAGCUGCAUAGCCGGACUGUUCGGGAGCCUGGCGGCGGCGAACACGCGGCUUGACGAUGGGGACGAUUUUGAUAUGAUUAACAGCACUUGUGAAAUCACCGAGUGCCCCGUGGUGGAGGAGAGACCCCGGGGCAGAGAGAUCUUCCUGAAGCCGCCACAGAGUCCAAAUCUGCGUCGGAGGUGCAAGUCGCUGCCAACACCAACAGAGCGAACAAAGUUAGAGAUAUCCCGAACCAGAAGUCCAAACAGUCAGAAAAAGGUCCGGUUCGCCGACUCUCUGGGCCUGGAGCUCAUUUCAGUGAAGCACUUCGAUGAUGCCGAUGAGCCCGAGGUGCCGGAGCGCAUAUUGGCCAAACUACACAAAGGACACCUCCACCUGAAUCAUUUGGACACAACGUUCCCGCGAGCCCCAGCGCAGUCUGUCUUGAUGGAGCUGCAGUUCACCAACCCGGGCACGGUGCCCGGCUUCGAGCAGAAAGUGAGGGAGGUGAAAGUCAUGUUGGAGACAGUGAAGGUGGACGAAUUCUGCCUCUCCGGGUUUGUGCGUGUGUUGAAUCUGGCUUUCGAAAAGAGUGUUUCUUUGCGCUAUUCUCUGAACAACUGGAUCACGUUCAUGGACAGUCUGGCGUCCUAUGUUCCUGACUCAAGUGCCGGUGGCACUGAUAAGUUCUGUUUCAAGAUAGUCAUGCCCACUUACCUCGACGACGGAGGCACAUUUCAGUUUGCAAUUAAAUACUGUGUCGGAGGGAAAGAGUUCUGGGACAAUAAUAAGGGGAAUAACUACAAAGUGCGGCGCAACCCGUUCAAGAUGUCCCCCCCGCGGGAAUGGGAGAAUGGAUGGAUUCACUUUAUCUGAGCUUCGUGGUGCUUGUCAUCUGCAGUCACACGCUCCGUGCGUAAUUUGCGCGUUCAUGAUUCCCGGGUAUCUAAUGUGUGUAUUUUAAUUUUCUGACAUUGCCAGCUACACACAAAGCUGUGACAGUGAAAGUAAUGUUGCCAUAUUAAUUCAAAUAUUUGCACCGCUGUUGUAAUAUAUUGAGGGUAGAAGAUUGCAGUGGGUGCCAUGGAGAGGGAUCCUGUCGGAUAAUUUGCCUCGAUGUCAGGGAUACUCGGUAGAGCUUGGUGCCCAUUGGGAGGGCACGGUUACGUUAUGUAAUGUAGAAUCACGUGACAUGGGAAACGUGCCGACCAAUGACGACUUUGGGCAUCGCUGUUCCUGUCAGGAGAUGCUGUUCAAUGAUUUGGUGGGACGGAGAUGUUUAAUUUAUCAGUUUGUUUUGCAUGCGUGCAAAUAUAUUGUCUUGAAGGGAAGCAAAGAACAUCUAUAGGCUGAUAUGGAUCUCAAGGGAACCCAGUAAGUAGCAUAUUCAUAAUAGUCUCCUGCAGGCUGGGAGAAAAAUACAGACAUUGUCUUAAUCAGUUGACGGACAGAAAUAUUUGGCAGGUUAUUUUAUAUUUAAAAAGUAAAUAAAUAUGUAAAUAAUUCCCACUUGCCAUUGCAAUGCCUUAUUUAAAGCCUUGAUGUGGACGGUUGUGAGGUGAAUAUUUUGAAUACAGUUUGUUCUUCAUUAGGCUUGACUAGACUAAAUGCAUUUGAUGGCUAUCAUCCUAAAAGUUUAAAAAUAAAGCAUACGCGCAUUAUGAAUUAGUGUCUCUACACUUGUAGGUUUUUGAUCCAGAGACACAAACGUUUAAAAAUAAACCAGCCAUAUGCAUUUGCACCUAUUCAACACAUAUUGUAUAUGUAUUUGCUGAAUUAUUGCAAAACAAAUAUUGUAAUACCUUACCAAAUUCAAAAGUCAAGGGUCCCCAACCAAAGGUCAAAGGCAAUGAAAACGUUUUCUCGAGGAAAAACAAAAGCUUAUUUAUAACUGCAUCAUUCAUCAAAUCAUAAAGUUUCUAACGCAUGGGCUUCCACACUCUCAUAUGCACUGUGAUAGGAAGCAACCUUGAGCAGGUUGCUGUGCCACCAAGGAAAAUACAUCUAUGUUUGACAGGUUCAAUUUACCUCAGAUUACGUGCAGACCCUUUCUCUUCUUCUUCAGGUUGAUUAUUAUGAAACAGAUUUUAUUUUCACAGUAGUUAUUUUCUAACAGAUACAUUUAAAACACAAUGUGUAUUCUCAUUUCUAGUGCAUUGUGUAACUGUUUUUCAUGCAGUGUUUUUGACAAAGUAGCUCUUACACAGAUGAAUGUGUUAAAAGUAUGAUCAUAUCCUCAGUUCCACUGUGCAUGAAUUGUGCUUCUUCUGACACCUGA